UGAUGGCAACACUACUCGAUUGUGGAAAUGCACCUUCGGUCAUCGGUAUCCCGGACAGAUGCAGAAACCACCGAUUACACAGAAUUACACAAUCACUUCAGCUCCGGCGGAGCUGCCACCAUCCACAACAUCAACAUCCACUCAUCAUGCAUCUCGUUGUCCUUCCAUCACUACCAACGUUGGACUUGCUCAAGGCGCUCCUGGUCCGGGUCCGACAUUUUUGUCCCCCCGAUUGGGCGAGGAUUCCGGCUACAAUCAAGCUAGUCGCAGCGCGCAUCGGUCGAUCACAACUGAACCAUUCUACCCAGUCGAACAACAGACCGAUUCCGGCAAAUCGCACACACGUCACGCUCGUCGCACGAUGCGUCGAUGCGGUUGGCGUUCUGGCGAUCGAACCGCAGGACGUGGUGGGACAAAUGGUGGCCCGGGAGAUCUUGUGGUUGCUGCUACCGCAUCUGGUGCACCGUCAAAGUCAGUCACUCGGUCCCAUAAUCUGGCCGAACGGGAUCCACAAGCGUUUUUCCGCAUCUUAUCAGAUAAAUUGCAGCGUGUCCUGGACAACCAAUUAGCCACGGAACGUCUGGAUCAAUUGAUGACUGAGGUAUGUAUGCAUGUAUGUAUAUCUAACAUCUUUCAAUUGGGACUAAAGAUGCACGCAGUGCACGGAUUAGGGUAA